GUGGAAUGCGCAAAGCAUUUGCCACUCGUCUGCGGUUUAACAUUUCUUGCCACAAAAUCUGUCACGGCUUCGUCGUAAGACUUAGGCUGGGCUAAACGCGUGCACGGGGUUCUUUCCAGUAGUGCAACAAGUUCGCAGAGGGCUAGUACAAGCCGUGAAACCAGUCGCCGCUCACACUGUCUUUCAGUGCAUGAGCGCCCACCGCCCCGAGACAAAUUGAAAUAAUACAUAGUGAUAGACUCGGUCAUUCUACUCCCGACAGUACUGGUGAUUGCACAUAGUAGUAUACGGUUGAGAGUGAGUCAUGAGGGUUUUAGGAGCAAAUAAGGAUUCCCGAAACGCGGCGAAAAUGGAGAACGAAACCGAUCAAGGCAAGCGACGGCACUGUCUUGGAGCUACAGUGGAUGUGAUGCAGUUUGUGUUUUCUCUUGUGUCCUUCGCCUUUUGCUUUUUACUGAGUGUUCAGACCAGUGAUAUGAAGGACAGAAUCGUGGAUCUGGAGAUUGGAAGUGGCGCGGGGGUCUUAAACCCGUUUCAUGGGAUCGCUAUGGAUCAAUUCAAUGCAAUGAUCCAGGAGCGAGUGGACGAGCUGCUGUCACAGCGUUCUUAUGAACACUUGGUUAGAAUAAGGACUGCCCGUCAAGUCUCACCACCUGAAUGCAACUGCCCACCAGGUCCACCAGGCAAACGGGGAAGAAGAGGACGCAAUGGAGACUCUGGACCUCCUGGUCCACCUGGUCCAAAGGGUGACAAGGGGGAUCAAGGCGACCAGGGACCAAGGGGACUUCCUGGUCUACCCUCUCUGGCUGCAUUACACAGCAAUCAAAUCCUGACUGUGAAGAUGGUCUUCCCUAAGAUAAAUCAUGGCUUUCUUUCUGCUGAUCAGCAACUCAUUAAACGUCGACUCAUUAAGGGUGACCAGGGCCAAACAGGGCCCCCAGGGCCUCCUGGACCUCCAGGUCCCCCAGGCCCCAGGGGACCCCCAGGGGACACAGGAAAAGAUGGUCCUCGGGGAGUCCCAGGGCUCCCUGGAGACCCUGGAAUGCCAGGGGAAAUUGGUCAAAUGGGACCUGAGGGCCCUCCAGGACAGAAGGGUUCCAUUGGGCCACCUGGUAUUCCAGGGCUGGACGGAACCAGCGGAGACGCAGGAGAUUCAGGGCUGGACGGAACCAGCGGAGACGCAGGAGAUGCUGGAGAGACAGGAGAAGAAGGAGACAUGGGAGACGAGGGGCCAAAAGGUGACCCUGGAGAGAAGGGUGAUGCUGGAUCCUCUGCUGCUGGAAUCAAGGGUGAGCCUGGCGAGCCAGGGCGCGGAGGACAAAAGGGUGAGCCAGGACUUCCAGGGCUGCCUGGACUCCCCGGGAUUAAGGGUGAACCUGGAUUCUUUGGGCCUCAAGGUGAGCCUGGGCUUCCAGGCCUGCCAGGAACUAAGGGAGAGAGAGGAGAACAAGGACCGCCUGGUAAGGGUGAACGUGGUGAAACAGGUCCAGCAGGACACAAGGGAGAGCAGGGGGAACCAGGAGCACCAGGCCUGAAAGGCUCAAAGGGGGAUUCAGGAGGCAAAGGUGAUGUAGGCCCAACAGGAUCACAAGGGCCACCUGGGGAGAAAGGUGAACAGGGUACAACUGAAAUCAUAGACUACAAUGGAAACAUCCAAGAGGCUCUUCAGAAGAUAACUACUAUUACAGUUACGGGUCCCCCUGGGCCUCCUGGACCAAUUGGACCAAAGGGGAUGAAGGGUGAUCAGGGUAUUCCUGGACUUCCUGGCCUGGAUGGUGAAAGGGGUCACAAAGGUUCAAAGGGGGACAUGGGAAUCCCUGGAAUAUCAGGAGAAAAGGGAUCAGUGGGUCUUCCUGGAUUACAGGGUGUAAAUGGUCUGAAAGGAGACAAAGGAGACACUGGUUUGCCUGGCCCUCAGGGACCCUCGAUUAUUGGGCCCCCUGGAGCACCUGGUCCACAUGGACCACCUGGCCCCAUGGGUCCUCAUGGAUUCCCUGGGCCAAAGGGGGAACCUGGGUUGCAUGGUCUCAAGGGACUGCGAGGGGAACCUGGGCAUAAGGGUGACAGAGGACCCCUUGGUCUCCCCGGAGCAUCUGGCUUGGACGGCAAGCCAGGACCCAGGGGUAUGGAUGGACCAAUUGGGACUCCUGGUCCAGCAGGUCCGAAGGGAGAUAGAGGUGAGAAGGGUGAUGUUGGUGAUCCUGGACCCAGAGGGCCAUAUGGGUUACCUGGAGCUGCUGGAACACCUGGAAUGGAUGGGGAGAAGGGAAAGAAGGGCAAAAAGGGGCCUAAGGGGGAGAAAGGAGAACAGGGUGCCCCUGGAUUAGAUGCACCCUGCCCACUGGGUCCAGAUGGACUCCCAAUGCCUGGAUGUUGGCAGAAGUGUGCUCAUGGCAACGUGUGUUACAUUCACAUCAGCACUGUGGAAUUUAAAGUCUUGACCUGUAAGAGACUAUUCACAAGGGCGUGUUUACCCUGAUUUGCAUGACCCAGAAUGAGAGUGGAUACCAAAACAGACUAACAGGAUUAACUGAAAAGAAGAAAGAGGAGGCAACGGAGGGAUCGGCUUUGAGUCUUGAACAAGAUCUUUGUGUGUUUAGUGUGUUAACACCAAUCCAUACUAUCAGCUUAAAAGACUAAAGACUCCAUCCACACACCCCGAAACAAGCAUGUACAUAUCACUUUGUAGUGUGGUCAAAGUAUAUGGCUUCUGUAAAUCACUAACUACCUGUCAGUCUUUGUUGAUUCAAAAAAAUAUGUGUUACUCUAAAGGGGGUUAAUUUUUCUCUUUUUUUUCACUUUUUGAAGGGUGUCACGCCUUGGCUGGUGGCUUGAGAAAGUAAGAAUUGUGAUUGAUUGCUGGAUUUCUUUAUUGCAGAGGUCAGUGUGGCAACUGGCCCUCAUGUGCCUCGGUGUUGCUGUUUUUUAACUCUCACCUUGUAGUGAGAGUGACAACUUAAAUACUCAAAUUAUGGAAAUAGCAGGACACAAGAUGCACCAUCUGGUUACUCUCAAGAGUAAGCAGGCAACUGAAACUCAGAAAUCUUUAUUAUUGGAUGGUGUACGUGAUGCAUGGAAAGUUUCUACAUUCAUCACUCCAUCUGCAAACCUUUUUUUGUUCACUCUUCAGUGGGGCUCUUUUUGUAGCAGUGAGCUACACAGUCUGAUCAACUGAAAACAGUAGGAUGCCAUCUCUUUCAUUAUGACUUUUUGCUUAUUUUUAUUUUUUUUAUUUGCUCAUUUUGUGUAUUAUAGCCUUUGUGCCUAAAGUCAUUUGUUAUUCAUUCCUUUGUUGGAAAUAGUUACUACUUCUCUAUGCUAUGAGUUGUAAAUAUGACAUUUUAGUGCAUUCUUUUGCAGCUAUAUUAAGGUUAAAAAUGCUGUUUAUGUAUUGUUGGAGCUGAAAGUUUUACAUUCUUAAAGACUUUCGUUGGGUGUCAAAGGAAAAUUUGACAAAUGGGACAUACUGUGGUUUUGUGGUAUUGUUAUUCUGAGUAACCAUAACAACAGCAUUCUAAAGCAAUCAGUAUUAAUAAGCAUCAAAUACAUUGUUGAUGUACAGUACAAGAUGCAAACAUACAGCAGUCAUCGAGAGCCUUAAUCCUAAAUCAGCAGUGUUUAUCAUCAGCCAGCACUGCUACAUUCCAGAGUGCAAAAUUGCAUAAUUUUGUUAAUUUAUUUUUUACAGAUUUAAAACCAUUUUGACCAUUAUACUUUGAACUUUCUUAACGGGCUUCAGACACAGUAGAUACAUUAAAACAUAUACAGUAUGAUCACAGCAUUGCUGGUGUUAUAAUGUGUUUUCUGGCUGGAGGUGGCAGGAUUAUGGUCCUGAUUUUCUCAACCUCUAAUGGGCAUUUAAGAUCAUAAGAACAAUGCAGACAUAGUUAUACUGAAAGUAGUUUUGUAUGUACUGAAUUCAAUAGUUAUUCAUAAGGAAGGGUAAGUGAUUUUUUUCUUAGUGGUUUCUUUUCUUUUUACCCCAACUUUAUAUAUAGCAACAUGUUUUAUUCUUAAAAUAGCAAGUUGGUUUAUUAACGAGCAUUCCUCAUAAUAUGAAAGUGGAAAGACCUUUCUCCAUAAGGUUGUAAGUCAUGCUCAGACAUAUGAUUAUGUGAUGAUUAUAGUAGGUUUUUUAUUUUUUAUUUUUUUUAAAACAUAAGUUUCCCAACUGUAUUGAAACUGUAUCUUGUAUUUUAAAAAAUUUAUUUAAAAAAAAAACAGUUCAUUAAAUAUAUCACUAAACAUCAAUUCAAAUGACACGAAUUUAGUGAAAUAUUGACUGGAAAUUUGAAGGAGUCCUUUCUCUACAUCUCUUUUUUUCAUUAAAUGUAGAUUAAUAUGUGUAUAGAGGAAUAUGGGUGUGCAGUUUUUUUUGUUUUUUUUAUUUAUUUGUUUAAAGUGCGAUUUCUAUUUCUUUUUAUGUAUUGAUGUAAUGUGCACCGAUUACACAAAUUAAUAUUAAUAUCUGUUACCAUUUUGUAAUUUGUAAGAAUUACAUUUAUGUUGGCACUGGGGAUACACUUGUUUUAACCGUACAGAAUAACGUUACAAACAAGACUGAAAACAGUAAUGGCUAAGCUGGAUUUUUUUAAUAUUUGUUUUUAAACUGAUAAGUGUCACUGUUAAUGUGCAUGCAUACCAGUCACAUAAUUUCCUUUCCUUCCUUUUUAAGCCAUUUGUAGGCGUUUUCAUAAAUAUUUAAUAUGUGUCCAUUUAGGCUAUUAUUACUAGUACUACGACAAUGUCACAAAACCUUUCUUUACAAGAGUGUUUGUAUAGAAGGCAGGGAGGGAGAUACAUUUGUCUUUCAGCUUUUUAAAAUUUGUUUAUUUUUAGUGCAGUUUUGAAUGAAACAUUUCCUUGUUUUGUUUUCAUUUUCUUAGCCAAAAUGUGUUUAUUGCAAGAAAAAAAAAAAAAAGAUUUUUUCUUAAUCCUUGUAAUUUAUGUCAAUCUACAAUUUUGGUGUCUAUAAAUGUGUUUAAACAGUGUUUCAACUGUUUAUUUGAUUUACCUUGUACAUAAUUUGGUAGCCCACAAUUAUCAAAUUAUUACUAAUGUCAUUUUAGCCAAAAUUUUUGUUACUCAAUUCUUCACUUUCUUCAUUUCUUUCAUUUUCGUUUAAUUGUUGUUGUUUUGCCAUGUUAACGACUAGGAAUUUCAAUUUGUUCAUUGUUGUAAUGGCUCUAGACACUUCGUUUUAAACCCAUGCUGUAUGAUAUUCUGUUGGAGCCAAAUAAAUUCUGUUUCUCCA